GCGACCACCAGUCAAUCUGUAGACCUCCCACUGUCGCAAUCGAAGCGUCGCGGCCGGCUUACCGCAAUAACGAUAAUAACGCGCGAACUACCUCGCGCGUCUGACAUUCAACGUUAAACAAGAUCUUUAAGGAAAUACAAAUAUGGCAGACGUGAAAAUAGAAGAUAACCCGAAAAUAUUAUCGGGACCGGUGCUGACGAAUUCUCCGAACGCCGUGCUGUCCAAGACCUUGCUCAGCAGGUACAAUGACCUGCCUUUGCCAGCGGACAAGAUCAUCGCAACUUAUAUCUGGAUCGAUGGAACUGGAGAACACCUUAGGUGUAAAGAUCGUACAAUCAGCUUUAUUCCAAGAGUGCCUAAGGAGUUGCCAGUAUGGAAUUUCGAUGGCAGCUCGACUGGACAGGCCGAGGGCCACAACUCGGACACAUUCCUAUACCCUCGGGCUAUAUACAAAGACCCGUUCAGACGUGGCAAUCAUGUCUUAGUAAUGUGUGACACUUAUAAAUAUAACAUGGAACCUACAGACAGCAACAACCGAGUGAACUGCCAAGAGGCAUAUGAUAGGUGUAAGGAUGAGGAACCCUGGUUCGGCAUUGAACAGGAGUACAUCCUUUUGGACUCAGACCUGCGUCCGUUCGGCUGGCCCCCGGGUGGUUUCCCCCCACCACAAGGACCUUACUACUGCGGUGUUGGUGCCAAUAAGGUUUUCGCCAGGGAUCUCGUUGAGGCACAUUACAGGUGUUGCCUGUUUGCUGGUGUACCAAUCGCCGGUACCAAUGCUGAAGUGAUGCCAUCUCAAUGGGAGUUCCAAGUAGGGCCUUCAGUAGGUGUAACAGCAGGAGACGACCUGUGGAUGGCGCGAUAUAUCCUCCACAGGCUAGCUGAAGAAUAUGGUGUUAUUGUAUCAUUUGAUCCUAAACCCGUGCAAGACUGGAACGGCUCAGGUGCACACACCAACUUCUCAACUAAGAAGAUGAGAGAAGACAACGGUAUUAUUGAAAUUGAGAAAGCCAUAGAUAAGCUGUCCAAGGUGCAUAUGAAACACAUCAAAGUGUACGACCCGCGCGGCGGGAAGGACAACGAAAGGAGACUCACAGGACUACAUGAGACUGCCAGUAUUAACGACUUCAGUGCGGGCGUUGCAAACCGAGCUAGCAGCAUUCGAAUACCGCGAUCUGUUGCGGAGGAGAAAAAGGGCUAUCUUGAAGAUCGGCGACCCGCGUCGAACUGUGAUCCGUAUGCAGUCGUAGAUGCACUCAUGCGCACCUGCAUACUCAAUGAAUAACACACAAGCCCUGAGCAUCACGCCUCGCCUCAGCACGUGUCUACUACAUAAUAAUCAGCCAACUAACUAUAUUAAACACAUGUAUAGGGUGACCACGUGACAACAAUUUCCCUUAUACGAACGCAAUUUAAAAUCUCAGAAUAGAAACGCGGAUUUUUUUAAUAGAACAAGGAGCGAGAUUAUUACAAAUAAGACUGCAGUGUAAAUGAUUCCCCACUGGGAUAUUUUUAGGUACU